AUUUGGUGUACGUGAAUUAUGGCAGGAUAGAGGAUUUCCAGAGAUUAGAGCGAGAAAUGGGAAUUAAUUGUUCCGGGAAAAUUGUCAUUGUCAGAUAUGGGAAGAUCUUCAGAGGAAAUAAGGUGAAGAAUGCUUACCUGGCUGGAGCCAAAGGCCUCAUUUUAUACUCGGACCCUGCUGAUUCUUGUGCUCCUGGAGUUCAGCCUUACCCAGAUGGCUGGAAUCUGCCAGGAGGUGGAGCCCAACGUGGCAAUGUCCUCCUUCUGGAUGGUGCUGGAGAUCCUCUCACUCCAGGAUAUCCAGCUAAAGAAUAUGCCUAUCGCUUGAAGGAAGCUCAAAGUGCAGCAAACUUAAAUAUUCCUGUCCACCCCAUUGGUUAUCAUGAUGCUGAGAAGCUCUUAAAGGAAAUGGGAGGCGCUCCUGCACCUGAUGACAGUUGGAAGGGGCAGCUUUCCGUGCCAUAUAACGUGGGACCUGGGUUUACGGGAACUUCUUCAAAAAGAAAAAUAAGAAUGCACAUCUACAGCUUCAAACAAGUGAGACGGAUUUACAAUGUGAUUGGAAUUCUCCGAGGAGCAAUAGAGCCAGAUAGAUACGUCAUUUUGGGUGGCCACCGUGAUUCAUGGGUGUUUGGUGGGAUUGAUCCCCAAAGUGGAGCUGCGGUUGUUCAUGAGGUCGUCCGAAGUUUUGGGAAGCUGAAACAGGAAGGUUGGCGACCCAGGAGGACAGUCAUUUUUGCUAGUUGGGAUGCUGAGGAGUUUGGCUUAAUGGGAUCAACAGAAUGGGCAGAGGAAAAUGUCAAAAUACUACAAGAGCGGGCUGUGGCCUACAUCAAUGCAGAUUCUUCUAUAGAAGGUAACUACACUCUUCGAGUUGACUGUACCCCAUCGAUGCAUAGCCUGGUAUACAAUCUAACUAAAGAGAUACCAAGUCCAGAUGAAGGAUUUGAAGACAGAUCUCUUUUCGAAAGCUGGUAUGAGAAAAACCCAUCAAGGGAACAUAAAGGCUUCCCAAGGAUAAACAAACUGGGUUCCGGCAAUGAUUUUGAAGUCUUUUUCCAAAGGUUGGGAAUUGCUUCUGGUAGAGCCCGUUACACUAAAAACUUUAAAGUGGACAAGUUCAGCAGCUACCCGGUUUAUCACAGUGUCUAUGAGACGUACGAGAUCGUGGAAAAGUUUUAUGACCCAACUUUCAAGAAUCACUUGGCUGUAGCCCAAGUGCGAGGCGGGCUGGUGUUUGAGCUGGCUGAGGCUGUCAUCCUCCCUUUUGACUGCAGAGAUUACGCCAAGGCACUUAAUAGCUAUGUGGAUAUCAUUUACAACAUAACCAUGAAACAUCGGGCAGCGAUGGAAGUACACAAAGUAUCAUUAGAUUUGCUUCGGGAUUCCGUAAAGGCAUUUUCAGAAGUGGCUAAUGACUUUCAUCGCAGACUUGAAUUAGUGGACAUCCAUAACCCACUUGAAGUAAGAUCUUGGAAUGAUCAAUUGAUGUUCUUGGAAAGGGCAUUUAUUGAUCCUCUUGGAUUGCCUGGCAGACCAUUUUAUAGACACAUCAUCUUUGCUCCAAACAGUCACAACAAGUACGCUGGAGUGUCCUUCCCUGGGAUCUAUGAUGCCCUGUUUGACAUUGAUCACAAAGCAGACCAAGAGAAAGCCUGGGAAGAAGUGAAGAAGCAGAUCUUCAUUGCUGCUUUCACCAUAACAGCUGCAGCUGGGACUCUCAAAGAAACACCAUGAUUUGCUAGACACCAUGAUUUCAUAGUUCUCGGGUCAACGCUACUUCAGUUGGAUCUUGCUGACAUCAUGAUUAACUUGGUAUAUGUUGUGCUCCUAGUAGAUUAAAGAUCAUUAAGUACACUCUGGCUAAAAGAGCCGUUCAGCACAAGCUGAAGCCAAUAUUAUUCAUCCAUAUGGAUGCUCCCGUGAAAUUCUUUGCUCUCACUGUCUAUCCAGAAAAUAGCUCCGAUGAGUUGAAUUGUUGUUAGAUGAUCUGCUGACAUUGAGAAAAAUCUCCAUGUUUUUUAGACCUGGGCAGAUGGGAAGAAGAGGCGGGAAGAGAUUGAGACAAUCUUUGAUGAUUGUUUUUCUGAUCACCAAAGCUAAUGUAAUGAAAAAAAAAAAAAAACCACCCCUGCUUAAAACACGUGUUUUAUCUGGACCAUAACUUCUAUGAAGAUUUUAUCUAGGACUUUAAUACCUGUUGACCUUAAGUGACACAAACACACACCUGUUGUAGGUUUAUUUAGGCGUGGUGACAGAGUUGAGGAUGAGAUGAUAUAGUUGCUAUAACAAGGGUCCUUUUUAUUACAACAGGAUCCAAUGUUAAGAUAUUAAACUCAAGACUGAAAUUCUGUCCUUCUUUGCUCUUAUGCAAUAUCAUUUAAUAGUAUUUCAUCUUCCUAUAAUUAAGUUUUCAACCUCAAUAUUCUUUGUUGGUUGUUUCUUUUCCUCUUCUUUAAGGAUUAUCUCUGUGGGCUGUUUUUCCUUCUUUGCUUCUUUUCAACUCUUUUCUCUUCGCUCUUCAUUUUAGGUAUCACAAUUCUUGCAUGCCAUAGACUAUUUUUAACCAUCUGAUUUUGGAGCUUUAAUGGCAGGAAGGUCAAAGGUAUUUUCGCCCCUCAAGUCCCUUUGUGUACAAAACCAUGAAGUUUUUAAUUAAUAUUUCAAUCCUAAACUGUCAAUAUGCAAGGUUAAUUUUAUGGAGCUACAGUAGAUAGCCAUACUUUCUCAUCUCCAUAUCUCAUCUCCAUGAUGCAAGGACUUACCUCUCCGCAGAAGGCUUUCAUGCUGAGAAAGCUGGAAGUAAAAAGAAGAAGACAACCAGCAACAAGGUGGAUGGAUUCAGUUGCAGGGAUGAUACAAGUGAGGGAUUGCCAGCAAGAUCCAACAGAGUCACAUAUGACUUCUCAAAAAUUAAAAGAACUGAUGAAGAAGAAGCCAUCUUGAGUUGACCCCCUGCCUCCAAGGAUGCCUUUCUUAUGGCAUUCAUUUGAGUUAAGCUUCAUUUAUUGUGAUUUGAAAUAACCUUCAGGUAUUAUGAAAAAAAAAUGCUCUCAUUCAUUCAGUCAUUCAGUCAUUCAUUAGUUGAUUGAUUGAUUGAUUGAUUCAUUCAUUCAUUCAAUGUGUAUAGAUGUCCAUCCCACAUUUGUGACCCUGAACAGCUCAUAUAAUUAAAAUACAACCAGUAAACAAAAUACAGAGUUCAAUAACAAACAUAAUAACUCCCCUU